GGGCCGCUGUGGGCAGCUGUCAGAUUCAGCACACAGAGCUUCUCCGCCCAAACAGCGAAAACACGGGCUGUUCAAACAGAGAGCAGCUGAAUGUCGCUCAUCACCGAGCAGAGAUGGUCCUGUAACUGACACAGUGCGCUGAUACUCCCCAGCCAUCACCUGACCACUCUGACCCCUCCCCGCCAUCCCAUCAUCACCAUGGAGACCGCCAACAGCUACGUGCUGAUCCACGGGAAGAACAUAUCCCACAACACCCUGGCGGGCUCUGCUGUGGGGCCCCACAUGUCCAUCGACAAGCUUUUCCCGGCUCUCCUCGAGUGCUUUGGCAUCAUAUUGUGUGGCUACAUAGCCGGCAGGGCAGAUAUCAUCACAGAGAGCCAGGCGAAGGGUUUGGGGAACUUUGUCUCUAAGUUUGCUCUUCCGGCGCUGCUCUUUAAAAACAUGGUGCUGUUGGACUUUGGAGACGUCAUCUGGGCGUUUCUCUGGAGCGUCCUGGUCGCUAAGGUGACCGUGUUUGUGCUGGUGUGUGUGCUGACCCUGAUGGUGGCCAGUCCGGAGAGCAGAUACAGCAAGGCUGGCCUGUACGCCAUCUUCGCUACGCAGAGCAAUGACUUCGCCUUGGGAUACCCCAUAGUUGAUGCUUUGUACCGGAGCACGUAUCCAGAGUACCUCCAGUACAUCUAUCUAGUCGCUCCGGUCUCCCUCAUGCUCCUCAAUCCCAUCGGCUUCGCUCUUUGUGAGGUGCAGAGGUGGAGGCAGGCCAGCCAUUCACACAGCACUCUUGGCAUCCUGGGAGUCGUAGUCCUACAGGUGUUGAAGAACCCAAUCGUAUUCAUGGUCAUCGUAGGAAUCGUCUCCCACUUUGCGCUCGGCCAGCGGAUCCCUGCUGUGUUAUCAGAGUUCAUAGACGGCUUGGCGAACUCCUUUGGAGGGGCGGCCUUGUUUUACCUCGGCCUUACUAUGGUCGGCCAGCUCCGAAAACUAACCAGAGACACUGGAGUCGCCCUGAUUCUCCUCAUCACAGCCAAACUCCUGGUGAUGCCGCUGGUCUGCAAAGACAUGGUGGAUAUUCUGGAUGUAGGCGUGAACAGCACGAGUGCCAACCACACCAGUCUGUCUAACUUUGCCUUCCUGUACGGCGUCUUCCCGACUGCUCCCAGUGUGGCCAUCUACGCCGCACACUACAACGUCGAGCUGGAGGUGGUGACAUCAGGGAUGGUGAUCAGUACGUUUCUGUCUGCACCCAUCAUGUACGUGUCGGCCUGGUUGUUAACAAUCCCUCUGAUGGACCCGACCCCGCUGGUGACAGAGCUCGAAAACGUGAGCUUCAACAUCAGCAUUGUCAGCCUCGUGGCGCUGGUGUGGACCAUCGUGGUGAUGUUGCUCAGCAGGAAGUUUAACAGACUUCCUCACCUGUUUGCCUUAAACCUUUUCCUGGCUCAGUUCCUGGUGUGUGUCAGUAUGAUCCUGUGGAACUUCCUGGUGAAAGAAGAGGAUAAUCUGGUGGGAAAGAUCCUCACCUUCACUCUGCUCUACGGGUCUCUGUACAGCACCUACAUCUGGACGGGUUUAAUCCCACUGUGUCUGGCGCUCACUAACAGAGACGAUCUGCUGAGACUCCGACCGGGAGUAUUCAUGAUUUUGGGCUGGGGGGUUCCCUUCCUGAUGGUCGGAGGUCUCCUGAUAUCAGGAGAGCGGACUGACACCAUCGACUCUGCGUUCUUCUACGGCAGAGCUCAGAUAAUCAGCACGGCGGUGGUGCUCGCCGUCAGCCUGGUGCUCGGUGCCAUAUCUCUGAUGGGUCUCAGCCAGGGGGACAGGGAGCAGAGCGGCUACCAGGCCCUGAGCAGAGCCGCUGUAACAGGCGUCAGUGAUGAGCUGAGGACCCCUGGUGGCCUGGAGGAUCCACAACAACCACAGCAACAACAGUCACAGACGGCAAAUUCACCUGACGGCAGCAUCAACUCAGACCUCCACAGUUUGUCUCCUCUGCAGCCCAUGCCUGACAUGAUAGCCAGCACGCAGAGGGAGCACACAAACAGCACAGGCCACAGUGGGGCGCUGUGUGACGGCCAGCAGCAGCAGCAGCAGCAGGGUUCUUCCUCCUCUGAGCAGCCGCUGAACCUGCCUCCACCCGGCCUUCAGACCACUGAUGAUAAACAGACAGUCAGACACGUCCUGCUCUGUCUGCUGCUCUUUGUCAGCCUGUUAGCGAACCUGUCCAGCUGCCUGUGGUGGCUCUUCAACAAAGAUCCAGGAAGACUUUACCUUGAACUACAGUUCUUCUGCGCUGUGGCAAACUACGGACAGGGCUUCCUGUCCUUUGGGAUCUUUGGUCUGGACAGACACCUCAUCAUCAUGCCCUUCAAGAAGAGGUUGCUGGGGCUGUGGCAGGGACGGGACAGUGAGGAUCUGAGUCCCUCAGGUGUACCGGAGGAGGUCCGACUCACCUGCACCCAGUUUGUCCGUUACCACAAAGACCAGUGUGUACAGGACAUCGUGCACACACGCAGAUUGCUGCUUGUGGCCGUUACCUCCAGCUUUGAUUUGGUUCUGGUUGGAAUCUUAACAGUUUGGCUGCGUCCCGUCAGAUGACCUCUGGCUCUGUUCAUUUUCACAUCAUCACUGCUUUAUUUUUAUUAUUAUUAUUUUGUUUUUAUUAUUUAUUUUUGGAUGAUUUUUCUCUGCAUCCUCUUUGCAUGUUUUAAUCUGUCUGUUGUCACUCAAGUUCUUCAUCCACAGAGUCGCUCCUUUUCAUCAAACUUAUUCAGGUUGAGCCGUUCAGAGUCCUGCACGGGAGCAUUUUUGAAAACCCGUAUCUGCCUAUUCCCAUACCAUACCAUACCAUACCAUACCAUACCAUACCAUACCAUACCAUACCAGUUAAGCUCAGUGCCAGAGCUGACCCGUUACCUGUGGUUAUGUCUAAGUCAAUGCCACACCCCUGAUCAACCCCCCCAGGCUCCAGUCCCUCACAUGAAGCUGGUUCUCCGUUCUUGAAUUGGACGUCUCUUUGACUGGAUGGUGAAAACAUUCAAUCACUGCCAGGUUAGGAAACAUGUUAGCAUGCUCCUUCCACCACCAUCAAACCUCCAAAGGAUCCGAACUCCAUGUAGGCUGCCACCUCAUCCUCGGGCUGCAAAGUGUCAUGGCUGGAGUCCUCCAUGUCGGUGACCAAUGUGACCACGGGGUCAAAGGUUACACUGGUGUCACUGACUUUCAAAAUAAAAGCAACUGCAGCUUGAUAACAGUGAUUUAGAUGUUAGAAUAUUACACAUGUACUGCACAAAAUUUAUGUUCUCACCUGCUGCCUGCCCACGUGUAGUUCACUUCUAGCUGUGCCCAUACCUGUACAUUUAGAUAUAUAAUCGGGCUGUGAAGCAGUUAAAAAAAUGUAUCUAAUUAUUUACAUGCUCUGUGAUUAUUUAAUCUAGAUUAAUCACAUACAUCAUUUUUUGCUGUGAAAGUAUUUAAAAAUCAACAGCCCUAUUACAAACACAUUUUUACAUGUUGCACAGCUUGUUGCAGGGCACCCUGUGGGUACCUGACCCGGUGCAGGACUCUGGAACCAUUAAACAUUUAUACUGUAUGUGGAGCCUUUUACCAUAGUUUGCAGUACAUGCUUAUGGAUAAUUAUUUCCAAGAAGCUUUAGAUGUGAGUGCUUCUUUUAGCCUCACAAAAAUACUAAUAGUCUAAAUCUUAAAGACAAAAUCAGCUCAACUAUCUGGAUUUUUUUUUUCCCUUUUAACUAAAAGCAAUGUAAAAUCUUGAAAUUAAUUAAAGGUUGAAUUUGAAAUGUCGUCUUUACUAAACUCUACUAACUGAGAGCCUUUGUUUCUGGAUGUUUAUGAGUCUUGAGUUCUUUUCUUUUACGUUAACACAUAAAACUUUCCCACUUUUUCUUUCUUUAUUAAUCCUUGUCCUUUCCUUUCUUCCUCCCUGCCUCCCUUUGCCUGCCCUCUUCCCCUGUCCUUGCUUCUCUACUGCUCAGUGGCUCAGGGGAGAGUGUGAGCGCCUCCACAGGUGAAUCCUUCCUCUGAUAAUGACAGGUUCAGAGGAGGACUGGAGGAGGAGGAGGAGGAGGAGGAGGAGGAGGGGGCUGUGAGACGCUCCCCCUCCCAUCAGCCCCGGUACCCUCACUCGCAUCAGGAUCUUCAGGAGCAACUGAAGCACGAGCCGCAUGAUCUGCACCAG